ACAAAUCAGCAACCAAAAAUUAAAACUCGCACAGUAGAGAGAAAGAAAGAGAGUGAGCGAGCGAUGGCGGAAAUGCAGAGAAGACCGGGAAGACCGAUGCCUCCGCCGGGGAGGGGCCCACCACCGCCUCCCGCCGCCAGGCCUGGGAUGAAUCGUCCUGAACCUGUCGAUCGCGAGAAGACUUGUCCAUUGUUGCUCCGUGUUUUCACCAAGGUGGGAGGUCAUCAUACCGAUGAAGAUUUUGCAGUGAGAGGCAAGGAACCAAAGGAUGAGGUCCAAAUUUAUACAUGGCUGGAUGCGACUUUGCGCGAAUUAACUGAUCUGGUUAAAGAGGUCGCUCCAGAAGCGAGAAGAAGAGAUGCUAUGCUAUCAUUUGCUUUUGUGUACCCUGACAAACGUGGUCGUUUUGUGGUUAGAGAGGUGGGGAGAACUCUUUCUUACCCGAACGGGAGGCGAGCUGAUAGUGGAAGCAAAGCCUUGGGUGAUCUUAGCUUCCAGAUAGGCGAUUACUUAGAUGUGGCAAUUCUAAACCAGUAAUUCAUUGCUAGUUACCUUCUGUUCGCUUCAUGGCGUGAAUGUAGUGAGUUUUUAACCAUGUAAUAUCGUCCGUACUAUGAUCUUUAAUUAGUCAAGGGGAAAGAUCUACAAAAACAUCUUCGUGUAUGCUAAUGAUUGUCCGAGACUAGUUCGUUUGGAUAAUGUGGAUUCUGUUUAAACACGAAUGCUUCGUAUCGAUAUUUGGUGUCCGUAA